AUCUUUGAAAAUUAGGGCUAAUGCAAUUGUUAUCUUGUGUUUUGGUGAAGAAUUUAAACUACAUAUUAGAUUAGAUGGACCCUAUUUAGUUAGGUCACCAUCUAUAAUUUCUUCUCAUAUAUAUAUUCCACGUUUUCUGACAUAGUGAAAGGAAGCGUUAAGCGUAAUAAUAAUGAGAUUGUUGGACCAGUGUGCAGGCUGCAGAAGAGGACGAACAUGACCUUGUCGGUUGUUUAGUGGAGUAAGUCUUACUUUCAUCAAUGUCUUAUGGCAACUCAUUACUAUUUCUUUUACCUACCAAACUCUCUUUCUUUUGUGCUUUCUUCGGUUGAAUGCCUCUUAAGGAGACACAAGAUCAUUUAAUUUCUUCUCUAAAAAUCAUCUUCAUAUUCUUAACAAAUUUCUGUAAUUUACCUCAAUUUUCUUGAAAUUAUUACUCCCCCCUACCUCCUACUACUAGAGCUAGCACAGCACCAAGGUCAUUGGGUCAAUUCUUUGUCCAUUUAUUAGCCUUUCUAAUAGUACAUACAGUGGAUUUAGCACUAAAUAUAUCACACUCAAUUGAUUAGUCCUCCAAUUAUGAUACAUCACUGUGUUACCUAAAAAGAGUUUACAAGAUAUUUUUAUUUUUGUAACUUAGGAUAGAUUACCAGAAGGUGAAAGUUUAAGAUCAUUUCAGAUAGAUAGCAAAAUUAGGAUUUAUGGAACACAGAGGCCAAGAAAAGGAUAUGGGCUUGUCUAAUCCCAAUCCCAUGAGUUAUAACCCAUCUCAACUUAACCAGCAAGAAUCAUCUUCCUCUGCAGCAAACAAAUUCCUUACUGCUCCUAUAGCACCAAAUAGAACAACAAAUGAACAUGAGAAUACCAUUUUUAGCCCUAACCAAACCCUAGAUCAGCAUAAUAUUACUCAAAGUUCAGAUCCAGAUCCAGUUCGACAACUAUCUACUAGUUCAGCAAGUGAGAGGAAUAUUACCCCCGUCCGGUACAAAGAAUGUCUCAAAAAUCAUGCUGCAAAUUUGGGAGGAUAUGUACUAGACGGUUGCGGAGAAUUCAUGCCAAGCGGAGAAGAAGAGACACCGGAAUACCUGAAAUGUGCAGCUUGUGAUUGUCACCGCAAUUUUCAUAGGAAAGAGACUGAGGACGAAUCACAAACACCUGGUGUGCAUAGAAAUAACCACCGUAUACCCAACCAAACUCCGCCUUCUCUUCCAGCUGUGCCUACGCAGCAACAACACCAUCAUAAAUACUCUCACAGCUAUCCAAGAGGUCACAUGGCACCAGUAAUGAUGAGUUUCGGCGGGAACACGGGAGUUGCAGCUGAAUCAUCUAGUGAAGAUCUGAAUAUGUUUCACGGAGGACAAGGGAUAAUUCAGCCUUGUAAUUUUUCGGCAUCGAAGAAGAGAUUUCGAACGAAAUUCAGUCAACAACAGAAAGAUAGAAUGCUAGAGUUCGCUGAGAAACUGGGAUGGAGAAUUCAGAAACAAGAUGAACAAGAAGUGCAUCAAUUUUGUAAUGAAGUGGGCGUGAAGAGACAAGUGUUCAAAGUGUGGAUGCACAACAGCAAACAAGCAACCAAGAAGAAACAAACUUAAACAGGCAAGACUACAAAAUCCAAAUUUAGAUAAAUUCAUUAGAGACACUCUUUUUUUUUGUGCAUAAAUCUGAUAGUUUAUUAUUAGACAAAUAGUAGUAAUUACUAUUCUUUGAUCACAAAAUUUAAACCUUAUGUGGUUAGUACUCUUUAGUAGCACCAAUUAAUUCUAUCACAAAAGUCUCUUUAAAUUCCCUAUUCUGUGCAUUGGAUUGCGAUCGCUAAGUUACUAAAUUUGUAUUUUUCCUUGUUUUUGUGUUGUCGGGGGUAUCAAUCAUGGAAAUAACAAAGACAAAGUUAAACAUAA